AGCUGUGCUUUGACGGGACGCAUGAUCUGCCUCCACUUUCGGACGUCACUCGGGCCCCGACGCAACCCCGAGCCGGCAACGAACUGAUAUCAUGAGGAUACUCUGCUCUCUCAUCCAGUUCGCCACGGACUGUACCGAUGAUAGCUACCAAGAUCUCGCCCCGAAUUGACCUUCUGAAAACUACCACCAGACAGCUCUCCACAACACCAUCCCGCAAGAUGAAAGUAAUUCCUUACCAGGCCCGCUCCGACAACUGGAUGUACCUCAUCGUCGACUCCUCCAACCAAGCCGCCGUGGUCGACCCUUAUGACGCGGGCAAGAUCUCCAAGGCAGCCAAAGAAGCCGGGGUCAAUGUGACGAGUUUAAUCACUACUCACCACCAUGACGAUCAUUCAGGAGGCAAUUCCAAGUUUCUGUCUCUUCACCCCGAUCUCAAAGCAUAUGGAGGAUCUGCACAAAGCCCAGGAACCAAUAUUGUGGUGAAAGACGGCGAUACUUUCACCAUAGGAGACGAUAUCUCGGUCAAGUGUCACCAUACUCCAUGUCACACCCAGGAUUCAAUCUGCUUCUACCUUGAAGACAAGAAGACGGGCGAGAAGGGCGUGUUCACAGGUGACACCCUCUUCCUGGGUGGAUGUGGUCGUUUCUUUGAAGGCACCCCCGAGGAAAUGCACACAGCCCUCACAAAACUCUCCAAACUUCCUGAGGAUACGGUCGUAUACAACGGACACGAGUACACCCAAGGAUCUGCCCAAUUUGGACUCACCAUUGAGCCGGAGAAUGCUGCUCUCAAAAGUCUGCUAAAGAAGGCGCAAGAAGACUCGUGUACCACUGGCAAAUCGACCAUCGGUGAUGAGAAGACUUGGAACGUCUUUAUGAGAUUGACUACACCAGAAGCCAAGUACGUGUAUGAUCCUCAGACUGUCCUCAAAGCCUGUUAUCCGAAAGAAUGUGUCAGCUGACACGAAUGCCUCAAUAGAAAGGCCACUGGAGAGACCGAUCCUGUUGCGAUUAUGGGCAAGCUGAGGGAGUUGAAGAAUGCUAUGUAAAUUUGUUUGCUAUGCAACUAAUGGUCAAUGAAG